CAUUAAAUGCUGAAGAACAAGCACUAUUGAUCCCUUUUAAAAUUAUUAUUCCAAAUCAUCCAAAGCCAUUAUUUGAGUACCAAAGUUAUAAUACAUCUAUUGGUUAUUAUUUGACCAAUGGAAUCAAAAGAUGGAUUAAAAAUGAAG